AUGCUACUGGCGCAGUUUGGUUACCAGAUCACUGUACAAAAUUGCUCAUUUCGAUUGCAACUUGAGUGUUCGGAAUUUGCCGGCCACCUCUUUCCUGUUGAUUCGAUCUUGCUUUUAAAGAGUUCUAUUCGGACGCCCGGAGAUUUUCUCUCGAGCAUUGUGGGAUCAAAAUCAGACUUCUUCUGCAGUUUUUACUCUAAUAGAUGGAAGUUUCCAUUCCUUCUGAUACGUCAUAACCACGCGGAGGACUUUUCUAUUAAUGAUCUUCAGAAUUGUUUGAGUGAGACUCUAACAACUGAAGAUGUUGAAAUAUCAACCUGUGGCUUCACUCCUCUUGAGAAGAAUGAUAUCAGCAAUGCUGUGAGGAAACAUAAAAAUGAGGACUCCAAUGUGAGCGACUCGAGUAAUUUAUCUUCUGAGAAAUGCAUUAGCAAAUGUGCGACAUUUCCACCUUUUGUUGAGCAGAAAUCCUCUGCCAAAGAAUUAUGUAAAAGGAAAGGGAAGCAGGGAAAUGAUAUAACUGCUAAAUCUGUUGAUCUGUCCUACUCUCGAUCCAUAUCUUUGCCUACUCCUUUGAAGCUUGCAUCUGCCAUAAAAGGUAGCCGUGAAAAGCUGGGAAUGCCACCUCAGAAGCAAUCAGUGACGUGGGCCCCGGAUGUGUAUGAUCCAUCUCCAACAGCAGUGUCGCAUGUAUUGUCGAACAAGAGUCAGAGCCAUCAAAGCGAUAGCAAGAAGUCUGGGAAGAACAAGCAGAAAGGUGGUGGCAAAUCUUCACGAGGCAGCAGAGGCAAAGGCAAGAAGCAAAACCUGAAGAAGUCAGCAGCUCAGAUCCAUUACACUGAAGUAGUUUUCUGA